AAAUCUUACAAGAAAAUUUAUUAUCUUUCAUCAACAUAAAUAUCGAAUAACUCUGUUCCACCAAUAAUAAAAGAUACCUUCUUCUCAUAUCCUUAUCUUCUUUUUUUGUCCUUUCAUACAAAGAAUAACAAAAAGAGUAGUUAGACACACCCCAUAUAAGAUCUUACUAGCAAAUUUAUAUUACAUUACCCCUUCAAACACACAUCCAUAUGGACAACCAACAACACCAAACCAUCAUGAGAACAAAUCAAGAAAGUGAUCAUCAAAAUUGUUCAUCCAAUUCAUCAUCUCCUUCACAUGAUUUCUCAUUCACAAUCUCAUUUCAACAAACAAAACAAAUCCCACCUCCUUCUUCUUCUUCAACUAUUACUACUUCUUCAUCAUCAUUUGCUAUAGAUUUAUCACCUGCUGAUGAUAUCUUCUUCCAUGGGCACUUACUUCCUCUUCACCUUCUUUCCCAUUUCCCUAUAUCCUCCCCUAGAUCUUCCACUAACUCCCUUGAUGGCUUCACACUUCCCAAGAAAGAUCACUUUUUUCAUCAACAACAUAAAGUACUAUUAGAUGAUGAUACUUGUUGUGAUGCUAAGGGAAAACCAAAGACUAAUAAGUCUUUUUCACUAUUUGGGAUACCAAAAUGGAGAGUACUUAAAGAUCAUCAAAAAGACCAAAACAAAGAAAGAUCAUCAAAACAAUAUAGCAAGAAGAUGAGUCAAGUUGUUAAGAGGUAUAUAAAAAUGGUAAGGCCAUUUUUGUCAUUUAGAAAUAAAAAGAUUAAUAUGCAAUUUCAUUCUUUUUCUGGGAAUUUAUUAAGAGGAAAUAAUAAUGAUACAUGGCAAUAUUCAUCAGCACCAGCUUCAAUAAGAACAUCACCUACAAAUAGUGGUUUACUUGUAGCAAAACCAACAGGAGGAGAUUAUAGUAAUUUUACUAAUUCUUCAUCAAGUGAUAGCACUAUGGAAGAAUUGCAAUCUGCUAUACAAGCUGCAAUUGCUCAUUGUAAGAAAUCUAUUUCAAUGGAAGACUAAAUCAAAUGAGUACUACUUGAUUUUUUUGUGUAACGGAUUUUAACAUGUGAUAGCAGGUUAGUUAUUAUAUUUAUCAGAUUAAUUACAUAUCAAGUAAUAUGUAUUAGGAAAUUUGCUUGUAACUACUUAAUAAAUGAUCUGAUCGUAUAAAUAUUUUAUA